AACGCUUCUGAAUUGGCUAGGAUACAUAUCCAUCACCGAUUUCACGCGAUUUCAUUUGGGUAGCCAGGGCCAGAUAAUCGAAUCCCCUCAUAUUAAAGCCUGGUGGGUUCUCCCGAAGAGUUUUUGGCUAAUUCGUGAUGUAACAGGAAGUAGCUAACGAUAGUAAGAGCUUUCCACAACCUGACUUCAGUUCCAGCCCGACACUUUAUUCAUUGAGCGUUGGAAACCGUUGGGUUUGGUUCACAAUCAUCGCUGCGGACGUUGCAUUUGGUCUGUCGCUGGAGUGUUUUGUCGGCUAAUGUUACUUUCUAAAUCGCGCUGGCAUUGGAUUGUAAACUAUUAUAAUCAGUAGAUCAUUAGCAGUUCAAGAGUGGAUGUCUGACAUGCCGAAAAAGCAGAUGUGUGGUUUGGGGAGUUGUUGGACAGUCAUUUGCCUCCUGCUGUGGACUUCCACUGGGUUCUUCGUUACAGCUAGCCCAGAGGUUAACGGCACCCAGGAGCACGGAGAGUUGAAUGUCUAUAAUGAUAUAGGAGUCACCCGGAACAAGAUCGUGACGGCCCAGUUUGAGUGCUACCAGAAGAUCAUGAAGGAUAACAGCGUCAACAAGAUAGGGCCCGUGUGUAACCGGACCUGGGAUGGCUGGCUGUGCUGGGAUGAUACAGAGGCUGGCUUCACUACGGAGCAACACUGUCCAGAGUACUUCCAGGACUUUGACCCCUCAGAAAUGGUUACAAAAAUCUGCAGUGACAAUGGCCACUGGUUUCUGCAUCCUGAGAGCAACAGAACAUGGACUAACUACACACGAUGCAAUGAGCACACAAAGGAAGGCCGAAUGACUGCCAUGAAUUUAUUCUACCUGGCCCUGAUCGGACAUGGCUUGUCACUGACAGCCUUAUUUAUAUCCCUCGGUAUAUUUUUCCAUUUCAAGAGUCUAAGUUGCCAGAGGAUCACCCUCCACAAAAACCUCUUCUUCUCCUUUGUUCUCAACUCAGUCAUAACCAUCAUUUCGCUGACAGCUGUUGCUAAUAACCAGGAGCUGGUACAAAGGAACCCUACAAGCUGCAAAGUGUUCCAGUUCGUCCAUCUUUAUCUUUUCGGCUGCAACUAUUUCUGGAUGCUGUGCGAGGGGAUAUACCUGCACACCCUCAUCGUCGUUGCCGUGUUUGCCGAGAAACAGCACUUGAUGUGGUACUACCUUCUCGGCUGGGGUUUUCCUCUAAUUCCAGCAUCUAUACAUGCAAUUGCUCGAAGUUACUACUACAACGACAAUUGUUGGAUAAGCUCCAACACUUCCCUCCUGUAUAUUAUCCAUGGGCCCAUCUGUGCUGCCCUUUUGGUAAACCUGUUCUUCCUGUUGAACAUUGUGCGAGUCCUGAUUACCAAGCUGAAGGUGACCCACCAGGCUGAGUCCAGCUUGUACAUGAAAGCAGUGCGUGCCACCUUGAUUCUUGUCCCUCUCCUGGGGAUUCAGUAUGUGCUGUUGCCCUAUAAACCAGCGGGACGGGCUUCUUCUGAGAUCUACGACUACAUCAUGAACAUCCUGAUGCAUUAUCAGGGGCUGCUAGUGGCCACCAUCUUCUGCUUCUUCAACGGAGAGGUGCAGGGAGUUCUGAGGAGACACUGGAACCAGUACCGUAUCCAGUUCGGGAGCUCCUUCUCCCACUCGGACGCCAUGCGAUCUGCGUCAUAUACAGCCUCCUCCAUCACCGAGGUCCAGGGCUGCUACAGCAUUGACAGCCACACAGAACACUUGAACGGCAAGGGGGGCUGCCUUGACAUUGAGACCUCCAUCAUAAAACCUGACAACCCGUUCGCCUGAGAAGAGCUGUCUCCGAGUAACACGGCAACGCGCCUGGCGAUGGAGGGGAAGAAUGCAAUGGCUUUGUUACUAUGGUUACCGGUUUACUGUCCAAUGGUUGGAGAACUGAACUGUCCACACAGUUUUUCCUGCAUAAUCACAGAUUUGGGGGGGAGGGGUUUUAAUUUUUGCUACUUUCAAUAAGGACCUAGAUGUUUUAUCCGCUUCUUGAGAAUAACAUUUAGCCACCCCUUUUCAAGUAGCCAUCCUCAAAGCUGCUCUGCUGCUUUUUGAAGGCGCUUAAUAUACAGUGUCCAGUAGAUUAUGUUAAUUCCUCUUAAUGUAUUCAAAUAUUACGCAGUUGUUUAGUAAUUAUAUUUCUCUGUUUGCCAAUAGAAAUGUAUGUGCAACACCCUAGCUGCCAAACAAGGAAAGCACUUUUCUGGUUUUAUACACAAACGAUCCAUGCCAUUAAGAACACAACACUCUCUUAGGCUGGCAUCUGUGUCUCUCAAGCUGAAGUUAAGCUCAAAAGCUAAGUUACCUUUUAAACAAAGAUACUGAGAUAUACUGUAGUACUUUUUGAUCAUUAACAACAUGUGAAUGGUUCUUGUCUUAAUCCACUAUUCUCAUUUAUGCCAAUAUCUACCCUGUACAACUGCAUGUUUCUUAAAUUAUAAAGUUUAGUUCUGGCACUGUUUAAAAUCUUGUGAAUGAGUAAAUAAUCAACUUUACUUUCACCUCUAACUGCAUACCUGUAUAACCUGAUUUGUAUCUGGAAAAACCAGGGAAUCUUGAACUGCCUACAUUUUUUUUAUUUCAGCUCAUCAAUAUUGGAAUCGUGAAUCACCUUGGAUUACACAUUUUUCAUCCAAAUGCUGGAAACAUCUCCCAUCAUAUGUAAAUACAUUGUAAAUCUUGCAUUCUGAAGAGGGAGCAGGCUGGGGCACUAGUGCUUCAUCUAUUCAUUUUUUAUAUUUAAAAAGUAGCCGUGCGUGUACCUGACGUAUUCAAACACAAAGCAACUGUGGUAUGUAGAAGAGUGUCGGAAGUUGUCCAUGUGGACGUUUUUAGUUCGUACCGUUUGCAAUGCUUUUGCUGAUGUUAAAGGAAGCGUGAUCUCAAGCAUACUGGCCAUACCAAUUGAACUGACAUUCAAGUGAAGGAUCUGUGUACAAUUUCUGCUGGCUUUGCACAACUGUACAAAGCCACUUCCUCACCUUGUCUGAUGAAGAGUGGAUGGGGCCUAUAUGGCAUCAGUAUAUUUCCCAUGAAGGACUCGAGUGGUUUUAAUUGUCGGAUGAGGAACCGGAAUCUCUCAAUCAUACUGUACAGCUCCUAAUCCUACUGUGUGUGUUUUUGUAUGUUUUUGACAUAUGGACAAGUCAACAUGUCGGUACCAACUGUCAGAUAUAGCUGUGUAUUAGCUGCCUGUACUAAUGGCAAGUCUAUUCCAUGCCUGCUGUUUCGUAACAUGUCAAAAUGUGACGCGGACUGCCGGACAGUUUCUCACUAAAGAACUUAAUCGUAUUUUAAAACUGUUUUCAAAGUUUUUGGUUUAUUCAGAUUGGAUGACUGACAUUUGGAAAAGCAUUUGCUAUGUAGGAAAGUAUUUUCAAAGCCAAUGUCUGUAUUGUAUGUUACAACUGUACUGUGUAUAUAUAUAUACACACACACACACACAACACAGGAAAAAAUUAAGGGACCACUGCACCUUUU